AUGUCUUUUGAAGCAGGCUCUUCCUACAACGAGAGACUCAUACUACUCUCCAAGGGGGAGUCGUUGCCAGAUCGCAGUGUCCCAGUCGAAUGGAUAACUUAUGACCUGUGGAAUGAUAUGAGGACUUGCGAUGAAGUCCUUGCCAAUGAGAUCCUUGAACCAGUAUUUACGUUCAUGCGCGCUCAAACUGACAAGACGCGACUACAAAUCAAGGAGUUGGGGCACUAUUUGAAGUAUCGAGAAAAGGACGUUGGCAAAGCAUUGCUAUCUGCUCUCAUGAGGUUUAGCAUGAGCCUGCAUCUUAGCCCUGAAGACCUGAGUUCGGUCGAAGAUAUUGAGCUUAACUGUUCAAAACAUAUCUCUGUUGUCAACGAUAUCUAUAGCUGGGAAAAGGAGUUGAAGGCUUCCCAGAUAGGCCAUAAGGAAGGAUCCGCUUUGUGUUCAUCCGUGUCAGUCUUGACUUCGGAGACUAGCCUGGACUAUUCGGCGUCGAAGCGCAUAUUGUGGAUAAUGUGUCGCGAAUGGGAGCUUCUUCAUAGUAAGCUGGUCACUAGUAGAAUUUCUAGUGCUGCGGGCUGUGGUUCUGACUUGCAGGCGUUUAUGAAAGGCUUGGAGUAUCAAAUGAGUGGGAAUGAGGCGUGGAGCAGCAUUACACCGAGAUACCAUUCGAUUUAG